GGAUUUCUCACUGAAGUGGACAAAGACAUUUAGUCACUUGGGCGGAGCAGGGAAAACCGAGUUGGAAUAAAAGUUACUUGGAGAAAAAGAGAUGGAUGCAGAGGCUGAAGAUAAAACGCUGCGUACUCGCUCUAAAGGAACCAAGGUGCCAAUGGAUUCUCUACUCCAGGAGCUCAAUGCUGCGUAUGAUUGCUCCAUGGCCAAGAAGAGGAGAGCAGAAGAGCACGCUUUGGGGGUCCCGGUCAAUAAGAGGAAGUCCCUGCUAAUGAAGCCACAGCACUACAGCCCAAACAUGGACUACAAGGAAGAAAGCGAGGACAGGACAGAGGUGGAGGAAGAUGCUGGCCUCCUGGAAAGCAACGAUCACAUGACCACAGAAGAAAUCGUGAUAAAACCUCUGGAUGAGAAGCUGCGUUCAGCUGCGCAAGAAAACUCCAGCACAAAAGCACACAGAUACGGCUGUUAUCAAGAGCUCGUGGUCAAAUCUUUAAUGCACUUGGGGAAAUUUGAAAAAAAUCUGUCUGUCCAGCCCAUGAGUGAAAACUUAAAUGGAAGUGGCAUCCAGUCUCUAAGAGCAGAGAGGGACGAGGUGGACGAGUGCUGUGUGACCCAUCCUGAUGAUGGAAAAGAAGAAACUAAUUCCCGGCUACCCUUCUGCUUGUCCGAUGUCAGUGAAAGCGCCUCCGAAAGUGCAGAGAACGGUUGGGACAGUGGCUCCAACUUCUCAGAAGAAACCAAACCACACAGAGUUCCAAAAUAUAUCUUAGUGGAUAAUAGAAAAGACCUACUGGAUGUUCCUGAAAUAAAAACUGAAGGCGACAAAUUUAUCUCAUGUGAAAACACAUGUGAUUCUGAAACAGAAAGGAGAGACCCGCAGCAUGCUCCCGCGGACCCGCCGGAUGGCACGGCCCAGCGGCCGUUCUCUGGGGCGGCGGAGGAGGACCUGGCGUGUGCGGCGGUAAUGAUGGAAGAGCCCACUGGCCCGGAGAAAGCCGAGGGGAACUUAAGUCUGCUGGAGCAGGCGAUUGCUCUGCAGGCUGAGCGCGGCUGCGUUUUCCGUAACACCUACAAAGAGCUGGACAGGUUCCUACUGGAGCACCUGGCAGGGGAAAGGCGGCAAACCAAAGUUAUUGACACGGGUGGAAGACAAAUCUUUAACAAUAAACAUUCACCAAGGUCUGAAAAGAGGGAGACCAAGUGCCCCAUCCCUGGGUGUGAUGGCACAGGACAUGUGACAGGACUCUACCCCCACCACCGCAGCCUUUCAGGGUGCCCCCACAAAGUGCGGGUUCCCCUGGAAAUUCUUGCCAUGCAUGAAAAUGUGCUCAAGUGUCCUACCCCAGGAUGCACAGGAAGAGGGCAUGUGAACAGCAACCGCAACACCCACAGGAGUCUUUCUGGCUGUCCAAUUGCUGCAGCUGAAAAAUUGGCAAUGUCCCAAGACAAAAAUCAGCUUGAUUCUCCCAAAACCGGGCAGUGCUCUGACCAGAUUCACAGGACAAGCUUGGUGAAGCAAAUUGAAUUCAAUUUUCGAUCACAGGCCAUCCCCUCUCCCAGAGCCACUGUGUCAAAAGAACAUGAGAAGUUUGGAAAAGUACCGUUUGAUUAUGCCAGUUUUGAUGCUCAGGUUUUUGGGAAACGUCCCCUUGUACAAACAGGUCAAGGACGAAAAACAACACCAUUUCUUGAAUCAAGGCAUUUUUCAAGUCCAGGGAAAUUUCCUAAUCGACUGCCUAGUGCAGGCGCCCACACACAGAGCCCUUGUCAUGCCAGCUCUUACAGCUACGGUCAAUGUAGUGAAGACACCCACAUAGCAGCAGCUGCUGCCAUCCUGAACCUUUCCACCCGCUGCAGGGAAGCUGCAGACAUCCUCUCCAACAAACCACAGAGCCUGCAUGCCAAGGGACCAGAGAUAAAAGUGGAUGAAAAUGGCACAUUGGACUUAAGCAUGAAAAAAAAUCGACUCCUGGACAAGGCUGUGCCCCUAGCUUCCUCUAACACUUCUAUCCCGCCUCCUUCCUCUUCCCCUCUCAAAGCAAGUGGUAUCUUGGUCAAUGGGGCCUUCCGCCAGAGCCUCUGUGGUCAAGAGGGCUGGGAUACUCCUGUCAACUAUAGCAAAACUCACGGGAGGACAGAGGAAGAGAAAGAGAAAGACUCAGUGAGCUCUCUAGAAAAUUUGGAGGAAAAAAAGUUUCAUGGAGAAGCCUCCAUACCAAGCCCUAAACCCAAGCUCCAUGCAAGAGAUCUCAAGAAAGAACUCAUCACCUGUCCAACGCCAGGAUGUGAUGGAAGUGGCCAUGUCACAGGAAACUAUGCUUCCCAUCGCAGUGUUUCUGGAUGUCCUUUAGCAGAUAAGACUCUGAAGUCCCUGAUGGCUGCUAACUCUCAGGAGCUUAAGUGUCCAACACCAGGUUGUGACGGCUCAGGGCAUGUGACUGGAAACUAUGCUUCCCACAGAAGCUUGUCCGGCUGCCCUCGGGCCAGGAAAGGCAGUGUCAAAGUGACUCCUAUGAAGGAAGAAAAAGAAGAGCCCGAGCUCAAAUGUCCUGUGAUAGGGUGUGAUGGCCAAGGUCACAUAUCAGGUAAAUACACGUCCCACCGCACGGCUUCGGGCUGUCCCCUGGCUGCCAAGAGACAGAAAGAGAAUCCUCUCAAUGGGGCACCCCUCUCCUGGAGGCUGAACAAACAAGAGCUGCCACACUGUCCCUUGCCAGGCUGCAAUGGGCUGGGCCACGUAAAUAACGUCUUUGUCACCCACAGAAGCUUAUCUGGAUGUCCUCUAAAUGCACAAGCCAUCAAAAAAAGCAAAAUCUCAGAAGAACUAAUGACCAUCAAGCUCAAAGCAACUGGAGGUAUAGAGAGUGAAGAAGAAAUUAGGCAUUUGGAUGAAGAAAUAAAGGAACUGAAUGAAUCCAACCUUAAAAUUGAAGCAGAUAUGAUGAAACUUCAGACACAGAUUACCUCCAUGGAGAGCAAUUUAAAGACGAUAGAGGAGGAAAACAAACUUAUAGAACAGAACAAUGAGAGCCUGCUGAAGGAGCUGGCGGGUCUGAGCCAGGCUCUCAUCUCCAGCCUUGCCGACAUCCAGCUCCCACACAUGGGGCCUAUCAGUGAGCAGAAUUUUGAAGCCUAUGUAAAUACGCUCACAGACAUGUACAGCAACCUGGAACGGGACUAUUCCCCGGAAUGCAAAGCCCUGCUGGAAAGUAUCAAACAGGCAGUGAAGGGCAUCCAUGUGUAGGAACACAGGGCUGCUGGGCAGCAAAAUUCACCAACGGCAGUGAUACGGAUGGAUCCUGUGCUGCUAAGGCAUGUAGGUUGCCUCCUGCAUUUACCAUGGCGACAUUGCACUAAUUUUUCCCCCCCAGCUGACAUAAAAAGGAAAGAAAACCUAUGAUAGACUCUUUGGAUUAAAAGCGAUGCAGUCAAAUAUUAGAAUUUAUUUAUUUUCAUAUGUUUUUAUUUUAUUUCUGCACUCCUUUUGGUUUCUUUCUCUUUUUUGU